UGGCCGGUAGAGCGGAAGCGGAAGCGGCGGCCAUGCGGGCACCGGGACCGUGCGCGGAGUGCGGGGCGGGGGCCGCGGCCCGGUACCGCUGUCCGCGCUGUGGAACUGCUUACUGCUCCGUGCCGUGCUGCCGGACCCACCGCGAGCGCUGCGCGCCCGGUGCCCGGCGGGAGAAGGAGAAGGAGGCGGCCGGGCAGGGAUCACCCCCGGCCCCCGCAGCCAGCCCCGGGGCCCCGGAGGACAUCCUGAGCGAGGAGGAGGAGCAGGACCGCGUCCCGCCGCAGAAACUGCAGCUCCUGGGGGAAUCGGCGGAGCUGCGGGAUCUGCUGCGGAACCCGCACCUGCGGCAGCUGCUGCUGGCCCUGGAGCAGGCUCGGGACAAAAGCUCCCUCCUGCGGCGGCUGAUGCAGGAGCCGCUGUUCGUGGAGUUUGCCGACUGCUGCCUGGGCAUUGUGGAGCCUCCCGAGGAGAAGGAGAACGUCCUCCCCGAGUGAGCUGCUGGGGCAGUGGGGCUUGGCUAAUUUGGCCUUGAGAUUUUUGUUCUGUGAGCUUUGCCAGAGCUGCUCUUGGCCACUGUGCCCGUGGGUGUCAGUGCUCUGAGCUGACAGGGGCAGGGCUGUGCUGGGACUCGUUUUUACAUCCUUACCUGCACGGAAAUUUGGGAUUCAAGUGGGGGGUUGAACUAGACACUCUGUGGAUUUCUUUCUGUUGGCACAGAAAUGCUGGCAGCCACAGGAAAUGUUGCUUCACAGUGACAAUAUUAAAUAUAUUUGCAUUUAUUUUAA